AUGCUCUCCGGCGGCUCAUUUCAGCCGCUCUUCUCGGCCGCCUUCAUGCAGCAGCUGCCCAGCUUGCAGCAGUUUCAAUCGCAGCUGGCCUGUCUGCAGCAACAGUCGGCCUCGACGAUGACGCCGAUUCGGAAGGCCCGAGUCGGGGGGAGCAGUGUGAAGACGGCCAAGGUGUGGAAAUACUUUGACCAGCUGCCCGUCGAGGAACAAGCCGCGGAGUGCCAGCUAUGCCGGAAAAAGAUCAAGGCCACGAAUAGCAGCACGACUGGAAUGAUUCGGCAUUUGCGGAGUUGCCACGUCGCCGAAUACCAACUACUGCAGGAGGCCAGGCAGAGCAGCAUCAAAUUUGAUGAAAAGCCGGCGCGCCCGGGCCUGAAGGACUCUCCCCAAACGUCGGUGCUACAACAGAAAUCACCGUCAUCGAUGUCAUCAGCGUCUGAUACAACGUCAUCCCUCUCCACAACAGCAUCCCCACCCUUCCACCCUCUACAAACACUCACAAAUACAGUAUCGCCGAUACUCCCACCAGCCGGAUUGCCAGCGCCAAAGCCGUUGAAGCCGGUCACCGCCAAGAUUGAGUUGACCGAGGCCGAAGAGGAAGAAGCGACGGACCUGCGAACAAAGCCCUGCACCCCGUCCAUCGGCACCGCUUUCUCGGUAGUGCGCAAAGCGUCGGCAUUCGAUGAACCCCCAAAGUCCGACCCGCUCUACGUGAACCCCAGCAUCGACGUGAUGAAGCUGAACUCGCAGGUGGCCAUGAUGUUGCUGUUGGAUGGGCAUCCGUCAAAUAUCGUGGAUCGGCCUGGGUUUAGGGGAUUGUUAAGCCCUCAUAACCCACUAGGCGGGCUCGCUGCCAUGAAUCAACCUCCGCACCACGCGACGUCCCCUUUGGACAUGUCGCUGAAGGAAGAGACGCGACCGUUAAAAGAAGAGGCCGUGACCACUCCGGCCGCCGACGAGGAGCAGAUCCGCAUAGAUGAGGACAGCGACUCGGCCAGCAGUGCCGAGAGUGAACGGGUAGACGAUGGAAAAGCCAAAGAUGGGAACGCCCUCCAAGCGACGGCCGACCCUUCGCUGCUGACAGCCCUACAACGAUGUCGGGCCCUAUCCCUCGUCUUCCACUCCGUAUCACUACCCACCUCCCACCCUCCACGACCAUCCGACCCUCACUCAGGGCCGAACGUUCAGCAAGAUGUCGCGUUUGUCGCCAACAAUGUCGAGCAAAUCAACCUGUGGCUCCGCGAGCAUCCAGAAUCCGGUCUUCUCGAAGUGUCGGAAGACGAGAAAGUCGUCCUCAACGCCCUUCACGAUCAACUCCAAAAGUGCGCGACCGACACCCCAGAGAGCAGGACACAAAUUGCUGUU